AUGACCUCCAUGUGCGUUGUGCUCAUUGGAUGCUUUGGCAAUCGAGCCGGAGGUCUCAAGGCAGCGAAUAAGAAGGAAGCAAGAAUUGUCCGGCAAAACGGGCACUGGUCCUUCGAGAGCCCUGACGAUCCCCUCCUAUGGUGCGAAACUGAUGACAACUUUGCUGAUCAUUCUGGUUACUCUGCGCAGCUUCUGGAUAAUCUGCCUGGUAUCUCACUCGACCCCUCAACUCUCAACAACAUACUCCCCGCGCCGAUCGAGUUUGAGGACCAGGCGUCCCUUCUUUUUUCCACAAAUACCUCAGUUUCACUUGGCUGGGAUGGAAAGGUUGCAGAUGCCGCAUCAAUUGCGCCGAAUCCUCCCUUCCCAGCCUUUAGUUCAGAUGGUAGUGCACUGCGCCAGAAGGAUACCGAUACAACCUCUACACUUUCACUCUCCGACAACUUCUCACAUUCUUCCUCCGCCGGUCUGACCUUGUCACCAAAGUCUGCUUCUUUAUUGUCUAGUCUAAAUGCAGAUCAUGGAUUCGCGUCGAGCUCUAAUCACCUCACGAUCCUGCCCAAUGCUCUGAGUCGCCCUGUCUCUUGUCCCCACUUCCAAUGCAACUUCUGCGAGAGCACCUUUAGCGACGAGUCCGCCCUAAUGAGCCACGAAUUGAGGGCCCACCACGUCUGCGAACGCGGAUGUGCAAAGAAAGCCUUCUCAUGUGCGCGCAAUAGGGAUAGGCAUUACGCAAAAUCGCAUGGCCAGAGCAAGUUCGACUUCCAUUGCGGUUGCGGCAAACGCUUUGCAGGCGUGCGACGCGACAAUUACCUUCGCCAUCUGAAGAGCUGCAACGCGACGGACAACCUACCUUACAUCUGCGGUCGGGACUCGCAUGAGACUUAUAAUAAAGUCGAGCACCUUGCCCAUAUCAAAGCAUGCAAGGGGCAGGUAGGGAGGAAGAAAAAGAAUCCGUCUAGCAAGCCAAGCAAGUCAAGCAAGUCAAACUUGUCAAGAUUCCAGGCUUUUUGA